UACAAGAGUGCAUGGGGUCGGUACAUGGGGGGAUUUCGAUGGGUGCAGUUUGAGAUUGUGUCUACUGAUAUCAAUGCAACGUUUUGGUGUCGUUUGAUUCAGCUGGAAUUUCAACCAAGCGUGGGACUUAGGUUCUGAGUUUUUCUUGUGUGUGGUGUUUGAAAAAAGUUUUUUUUAAUUGGGUUAAUGACAUCACUGGGAGACGAGAGGAGGGGGGGGCGGUUAAAAUAAAAAGCCUCCUAUUCCCCAUAUCUCUCCCCGCAGGUAACACCCGUUCUGGGACAGACUCGCACCCCCCCUCUCCCCCCCUGUACCCUCCCCGUUCAUAGCCCUUUGAAACCGAAAUCAUUUACCGGUGCAUGCAGAGCGCUCGCCGCACUGUAACCCAGUCCAGCCCCAUACGAUGACCCUCUGAAUCCUUCCUCUCUCAAGAUCAUUGCUUUUCAAGAUGGAGAACUCCGAGAACGUUAGCAUGAUUUCCCACAGCAUAAGACGACGCGUCGUGUCGAAGAAUGGCCACAACAACGUGAAGAUUGACCAAGUAGACGGCUGGGCCUUCCUCUACCUCCAAGAUCUCUGGACCACCGUCAUCGACAUGAAAUGGCGCUACAAACUAACCCUCUUCACCGCCACGUUUGUGAUGACCUGGUUUCUUUUUGGGAUCCUGUGGUACGCCAUUGCGUUCGUUCACGGGGACUUGGAGUUACUCCACCCACCGGCCAACCACACGCCGUGCGUCGUCAACAUCGAGACCUUAACGGGAGCGUUCCUGUUUUCCCUCGAGUCCCAGACGACCAUCGGCUACGGCUUCCGCUGCAUUACGGAGGAGUGCCCGUUCGCCAUCAUCCUGCUGAUCACUCAGCUGGUCAUCACCACGCUGGCGGAGAUCUUCGUCACGGGCACCUUCCUGGCCAAGAUCGCCAGGCCGAAAAAGCGCUCGGAGACCAUCAGGUUCAGCUACCACGCCGCCGUCGCCAUACGGGACAACAAGCUGUGCCUCAUGCUGCGUGUGGCCAACAUGAGGAAGAGCCUUCUCCUCCAGUGCCAGCUCACUGGGAAAUUCCUACACAACCACAUCACAGAGGAAGGGGAGAUCAUUAAACUCAGGCAGGAACACGUGGACUUUCAAGUGGACACCGGCUCCGUGAGUCCAUUCCUCAUUUUCCCCUUGACUUUUUAUCACAGCAUUGACGAGAAAAGCCCCCUGAACAGGUAUACAUCAGCUAAUCUGAGGAAUAAGGACUUUGAGUUGGUCGUCAUCUUAAAUGCUACGGUGGAGUCCACUGGUGCCGCUUGCCAGAUCAGAACCUCUUACGUGCCCGAGGAGAUACUCUGGGGCUACGAGUUCAUGCCUCUCAUGUCACUGUCACCUGAUGGGAAAUACCUGGUGGACUUCAGUUUCUUCGAUAAGCUCAGGAAGAGCUCCAAUCCUUACUUUGCCUCCAAUGUCCUUGGGUACGGGGACAUUGACAAGCUAAAGCUUGAAGAGCAGUACCGAGAGGAUGAACAGAACAACCUGAUCAGUCGAAUCCAAACAGUUCAUAGCAAUGUCUAACAAUAUCUUCAGGACCCAAUAUGACACGGACAAUUUCAAUGCCUUUUGAAAGCUUUGUAAUUAACAGACAUCUGUUUGGUACAUCAUAGACAUUCAGUAAGGACACCUACAUUGAAAGAAAUCCUUCAGUUAAAGCCAAUGUCGCAAGGAUCCCAGUGGCUUUAUGCAUCAAGAUCAAAAAUAGUAAAAAAAACAUUAAGGGGGAAAACUGCUAGUGUUUUCAUUUGAUUUUCUGCUUUCUUAAAAUUUCAUGAUGUACCUAA